AUGGAGAGUGUUGCUUUGCUCAGCAAACAUACUAUCAUUAUAGCAAGUAAGAAGCUUGUCCACCAAUGCACCCUUCAUGAGACAAUCCGCGUGAAGAGUGGAGCUUGGGAUGAUAAUGGUGUAUUCAUCUACACAACUCUUAACCAUGUAAAGUAUUGUCUUCCAAAUGGCGAUAGUGGAAUAAUCAAAACUCUGGACGUCCCUAUCUACAUCACAAAGGUUACUGCAAAUAUCAUUUUCUGCUUGGAUCGAGAUGGGAAGAACAAGAUUAUUACCAUUGAUGCAACAGAGUACAUUUUCAAGCUUUCACUGCUGAGAAAGAAGUACGACCAUGUCAUGAGCAUGAUAAGGAAUUCCCAAUUGUGCGGGCAGGCUAUGAUCGCUUACCUGCAGCAGAAAGGAUUCCCUGAAGUUGCCCUCCAUUUCGUUGAAGAUGAAAGGAUUCGAUUCAACUUGGCUCUUGAAAGUGGCAACAUCAGUGUCGCUGUUGCAUCGGCUACAGAGAUUAAUGAGAAAGAUCAAUGGUACAAACUUGGAGUGGAGGCGCUUCGCCAAGGUAAUGCUAGAAUUGUUGAAUUUGCUUACCAGCAGACAAAGAACUUUGAGAGGCUUUCUUUUCUCUAUCUCAUUACUGGAAAUUUGGAGAAGCUGUCAAAGUUGAUGAAGAUUGCUGAAGUGAAAAACAAUGUCAUGGGUCAGUUUCACAAUGCCCUCUAUCUGGGAGAUGUUAAAGAGCGGGUUAAGAUACUUGAGAAUGCUGGUCAUUUGCCUCUUGCUUAUAUCACGGCUUCGGUUCAUGGUUUACAUGAUGUUGCUGAGCGAUUGGCAAGUGAGUUGGGAGACAACGUGCCAUCUUUGCCUGAAGGUAAAACUCCGUCUCUUCUGAUGCCCCCAACCCCUGUUAUGUGUGGAGGUGAUUGGCCUCUUCUCAGAGUUAUGAAAGGGAUAUUUGAAGGAGGACUUGAGAACGGUGCGAAAGGGGMUGUUGAUGAUGAAGAAGACGUUGAAGGCGAUUGGGGCGAGGGACUUGAUGUUGGUGGAAUCCAGAUUGGUGACGUGGAAGCAAUGAUGGACGAUGCAGAAGUGGCUGAUGAGGACGGUGAAGAAGGUGGAUGGGCACUUGAGGACUUAGAGUUACCACCGGAGCUUGACACACCCAAGAGCUCUGCAAACACACGCUCAUCGGUUUUCGUGAUGCCAACUCUGGGCAUGCCUGUGAAUCAAAUCUGGAGCCAGAAGUCAUCUCUUGCUGCUGAGCAGGCUGCAGCGGGUAGCUUUGACACUGCAAUGCGUUUGCUUCACAGACAGCUUGGCAUAAAGAACUUUGCUCCGUUGAGGUCGAUGUUCCUUGAUCUGUUUACCGGAAGCCAUAGCUAUCUCCGUGCACUUUCUUCUUCUCCUGUGGUGUCACUUGCCAUUGAGCGUGGGUGGAACGAAUCUGCUAGCCCCAACGUCCGUGGCCCACCAGCUCUGGUUUAUGAAUUCUCUCAGCUUGAAGAGAAGCUCAAGGCCGGUUACAAAGCCACCACGACAGGAAAAUUCACUGAGGCUCUGCGUAUCUUCCUCUCUAUCCUACACACAAUCCCUCUUGUUGUAGUUGAGUCAAGAAGAGAAGUCGACGAGGUGAAAGAGCUGAUCAUUAUCGUGAAAGAAUAUGUUCUCGGUCUGCAAAUGGAACUGAAGAGAAGGGAAAUGAAAGGGGACCCGACACGACAACAAGAGCUCGCUGCGUAUUUCACUCACUGUAAUCUCCAAACUCCUCACCUACGGCUCGCUCUCCUCAGUGCGAUGAGUGUCUGCUACAAGGCGAAGAACCUAGCCACUGCUUCUAACUUCGCUAGAAGGUUGAUAGAGACAAACCCAGCCGUGGAGAGCCAGGCCAAGACUGCGAGACAAGUUAUCCAAGCUGCCGAACGCAACAUGACCGAUGAAACGAAGCUAAACUAUGAUUUCAGGAACCCGUUUGUGACAUGCGGUGCGACAUAUGUACCGAUCUACAGGGGACAAAAGGACGUCUCAUGUCCGUACUGCACGGCCCGGUUCGUGCCAGGGCAAGAAGGAAACAUCUGCACAGUGUGUGAUCUCGCAGUCAUUGGCGCAGAUGCAUCGGGAUUGCUCUGCUCUCCUUCGCAAGUCCGGUGA